UAUAGCAACACACAUAAUUUUGACAGUUACAUUGAUUUGUCAUUUUCUACGUUGAAAGCAAUAAAAUGGGUGAUCGUAUGGUGCAUAUGAAGUUUGGAGGAAAUGCUGCAGCCAGUGUGGACGCUUAUCUAGAAUACAAAAGAAUAGUGGGAGAAGAUGACGGCGGUGUAACGUUUACACCAGAGCAGUAUGAAGCCUACAAGAAGAAAGUGCUUCCCAUGCGGAUGAAAAAUCGCCUAUUUACCGCCUGGACAUCGUCAACUGGCAUGGACUGUAAUCUGAUUGGUCCCCAGCAUAACUGUUUCUGUGAACAUAGGUACCAUCAACAUAAGACAGACUUUGAAAAAAUACCCACGGAACGUCCAAUCCUGCUCCCAUGUAAGGUGAAAGGCUGUGGUUGCCUGAGCUACCAUUUUGUCCCCAAGGUCGGUACUCAGCCCAUCCGGUGUUCCUGCAAACAUUUCUCCACAGAUCACUCAGCUGUUCCGCCACACAAAUGCAAAACAGGCAGUUGCAAAUGUGGCGGUUUCACCAGCUCCUACACCUGUGGGUGUGGUCAGCCCUACUUUGCUCACUCCAUGGUUGUUGAGACCCGAGAGGAGAGGUUGGCCCGAGGGCAUCCCGUGGGCCAGGACGUACCUUACCAGGCCAUGGGAGGACUGACGGGGUUCUCGUCUCUUGCGGAAGGGUACAUGCGAUUAGAUCCUAGUGGUCAGGGAGCGCCGCCCGAUGAGUUUCUUAACCAGCCCAUAACAUCAUCAGACCAUCCGUUUCUACGUGUAAACGCAGAGUCUAUAAAACAACAUAAGACCAACCAAAGGGCUAUUGCAGCCCGACACGGUGGCCAGGGUCCCAGCCAAGAGGAAAUAGAUGCUGAUCUGGCUGAAAGAAUGUCGGCCAUGAAACGGCCAGGGGAGUCUGACAUGGACUUCUACGAACGGAGAUACCAGGAGAGGCAAAAGGCCGAACGAGAAAGAGCACGGGCGUCCCGUGCAUUGCCAGCCGGUAAACAAAGAGUUGGGAGAAGAAUCGAGCCUCCAAAGAAGUGAUUUUGUUUAUAAUUGUCCAUAUGGCUAUGUUUUAUAUAAAAUACUAUUUCUCAAUAUGUGCUAUUGUUAACAUGACCACGCCUCUAAAAGCUGCACUCUCACAAAUGUUAUGUUGAAAGAUAUAGUUUUUUUAAAGUUGUUAAAAUCAUCAAACAUCAACAAAAGAUAUCAUUUGAACCGACUUUGGUAAAUCCAAGCCCAAAAGCAUUGAAUCUCCAAGUGCUAGUGCAGCUUUUCGGCAAAAUAGAACAUUUUCUGUCACUUUUUAAAAUAAUUAUUACCAAAAUAUUUCUGAUUUUAACUUUUGAUGACAUUUUAUGUUUGUUACAAGAAUUUCGUUUACACACACGAACUUAGUUAUUUCUAUGUCUGACCCUAAAAACGUGGACGAGUCCCUUAAAGGGGACAAUUACACCAGAGAGAAUAAGUUUAUUGAAAAUGUAUUAACUAAGCUAUAAAACAGUGAACUAUUUUUUUGGAUUAAAAUCGAAGAUCAUGUAUAAAUAAGUAUAUUUAUGUAGGUCUGUUACGGUGAUCAUUUUGAUGAUUUUUUUCUUCAUAAUUCAUUGACAAAAUGUUGUAUGACCAUGUCUUGGGUGGGCUUGUUUGUUUAGCUUGUUGUGUUUGUUGAAUAAAUCUGUGUUUUA